GGAGUGUCUCAGCUUGCCCAGCCGCUCCGCCCCGGUCCGGUCCAGCGAUAGCUCGAGGACAGUGUGAACAUGGUGAAUACGGGUAACGCUGCUCUGCAUGCUCUGGAUACCUUUUCGGAACUCGAUUAAAUUUGUCUUGAUCAGUUGACAGUUGAGGCAAAAUCACUCAAGCUAAGGAAUCGACUUCGUUUAAUUAUGGUCAAGAAUUACAUCAUAAACAAUGGAAAAAGAAAAGACGAACAAACAGAGACGACUGUAUUUCAUGAGGGUGAGUAAGAACUGCAAACUCCUGACCGAACUUUACAUCGUUCCUGAUGAGUUUAAUCAUCGGCAGACCUGGUUUGAAGACAGGCAUUUACAGGAGAUCAUUAUCCUACUUCGGGACCCCAUCAAGGCUAAGGUGGUUUCCCACUAUGAGCAAACUAGGAAGAAGAAAUGGGCUGGUGUCAAAGAAGGAAAUGAUUCUAAGAAACAACCAAUCACAGAUGAGCAUCAAAUUACAACAGGUCAGUCUGUUAAGAUUGGUUAUAAGUUUGUAGAUUGUAACAUGCAUCACCACUCAUGCUUAAUGCCAACUAAGAUUGGAUCACCAGUCUGGAAGGAUGAUAACUCAAGACAUGCAGGUGGAGGAUUCACUACUGCCAGACUCUUCGCCAAGAAGCUCGUGGUCUUCGUCUGCAAGUACCAUCCAUCGACCAUUGGUCAUACCACGUCGCAGCUGAUGAAAUCGCUGUGUGCUACUCCACCUCCUUCCAAACACAUCGCAAUCAGCAGCUAUUUUGCUCCCAAAGCAGAUGAUGACUUUGUGGGUCAGCCUGUAACCGAGUCAGCCCACAGGAAGAGGAAUAAGUUGAAGAAAAUUGUCAAAGGAAUGAAGACAGAGGCUCCUGGAUUGAAAGAGAAAACAGAUCUCCGAGGCCAAUCAAAGAGCGGGGGUUUCUUUGAGCAGGAGUUGGGAAGAACUGACACAGAGACUGCCGAUGAAAUCAAGCCAGAAAUCUUGCCAUCCCCAUCAGUCUCUGACAUGGACUGCAACUCGGACGGGGUACCAGACCUAGAUGAGCCAUUUGGCGGUGGUGGUCCCAGUUUAUUAGAUUCCAAGGAAGUUUUGCCUCUGAGACAUGGUGAGCGAUUUGAGUUAUUGGGUGGUGGCCCGAGUUUGUUAGCGUCCAACGAGGAUUUGUCACCGAGACGUGGUGAGCGAUUUGAGUUAUUGGGUGGUGGCCCGAGCUUGUUAGCGUCCAAGGAGGGUUUGUCAGUGAGACAUGGUGAUGAUCCAACAAGUAGCCUUCCAGGAUGUCCUCAGGAAGAAGUAUCAGCGAAGACUUCAACCGCUUUAAGUGUGAAACCUGAUGAUAAGUGUGUCAAAGUGGAAGGAAACCAUAAAACUGUAACAUGUAAACUCGAAAACAUGGAAAAUGCAGCGGUAGAUUUACCCCCAAUGGUAGAUUCUGAGUGUGUCAAAGCGGAAAGAAACCGCUGUAUGAAUGACCAUAAAAUUGUAACAUGUAAACUUGAAAACAUAGAAGAUGUGGUGGUAGAUUCACCCAUGAAGGUAGAUGGCUCGUCAUCAGAAGGAACUUCCACCUCGACUACAUAUGAAAGCCGAUUGAAAGGCUCUUUGAACUCGACCAAAUCUGAAUCGACCAUACGCUCGUCAUCUGUAGGCCAAGAGUCGGGAAUAGGUAGGCUGACAUGGACUUCCCAAGCGACCGAAAGCUCACCGUCAUCAUCAGGGGACUUUGAUUAUAAACCGAGGAGGAGGCAGAAUGUCAAAAGUAGGAGCAAGUUGUCACUUAAAAGAGCAGAGGGGAAAAGGGGAGGUGCAAGUAAAGUAGGUUCUUCAAAGAAAAAAGUGCUCUGUGAUGAUGUGAUAGAGGAAUCUACUGAAGAGGCAAAGAAUGGUCAGGAUGAACAUGAAGUUGUAGCAGAAGAAUCCAAGAAGCAAAAAAUACACUCUGAUACAGUGCCAGAAACGGAUGAAUCAUUGAAUAAGAAGAGCAAUAAUGUUUCAGAAUCUGUAAGACAUCCCAUUAGCGAUUGUUCUGUUCUUCUUACUGAUAUCAAGCUACGAUGCCCUGAAACUGUCCAUGAAUCCUUGAAGGUAGAGACAUCUCCGAUGGAAUUACCUGAGAUAAACCAGGAAGAAAUCUUUCAAGCUCCUGAACAGGAAACGGCUCCAAAGUCAUCUUCCGAUGAUGAGCUGAUGUCUGUCAGCUUCCUACAUACUGCAGAGGCAAAACCCUCAACUAAGAAGGUGAAAGAGUCGAGACAGCAUUUGCCUUUACAUACAGCAAAGUAUGACAGUGACAUCUACAUUGAUGGCUCGGAAGAAGCGAGGACUGCAUCAAGCCAUGUUGAGCAGAGAGAACAGACUGGGAACCUAAAAAACAAGAGGCCAAAGCACAGCAGACUGGCUCUGUCCAGUAGGCAGAGCAACAAAGACAAAGACACUAUCCACACUACCUCAAAACACUCAUCACACAUUGGAAAGAAGAGGCAGAAACCCCACAUUAAGAAACUGUUGACUGAACUCGCAUUCGAUAGCGACAGCCAAGGGUCAAGUCAAAAUAGCCCUCACAAAAUCAAGGAGAAUCAGAGGUUUAGUGGGGAAGAAGAAGAACCCAUGGAUGUUGAGGAUGGAUCGCCAAAGACUACUCCUGUGGUUGUAGGAAGUAGUCAUGAUGAGGUAGAUGGGUUGUCAUCGGACAAUUAUCACUCUGGAGAGAAUCAAAGGCCAAGUCCCCCAGGGCUGAAGCAAGAUGAUCUUGUGCACAUAUCUGACGAUAGCUCUGGUGGAGGGACCAGUCUUGUGGGAGAUGGGGAGAAAGGACGGGCAGGAGAAAAUCAAGAUAGACAACCUGGUGAUCGAGAAGAUGAGGUCAUUGACCUGAGUCAGGGGGUAGAUGAUGGUGAGGAGAGUGACAGCUGGUUUGACAACAUCUUUGGGAACAUCAGAUUCGUAAAUGAAUUGAAGACAGCAGAUAUGGUCUAUCUGACCCAAAGGAACAAGAAAUAUCUACACAACAUCUUCCAAGGAAAGAGACCCUGUGAGAGACACCAGUGUUACAAGAAAAAGGGACCUCAUAGAAUUGGAAUGGGGAGUAAUGUAAGGCUAGGACCGUUCAAAGAAGAGCAGAUGGAUGCAGUCAUGGGGGAACUGGUCAAGAUUUACUGCACCAAACACAUUAAGUAUAUGGAUUACGUAUCUAAAGUUCUUCUACCAGAGGCUAUGACUAAGAUUUACAUGGAUGUCCAUAGGGUUAGCCACACCCAUGCUGAAGAGGUCAUGAGAGGGGUGCAAAAAGAGCACCCUAGGGCUACCUGAUAACCUAUCUAAAGUUCUUCUACCAGAGGCUAUGACUAACAUCUACAUGGAUGUACAUGAGGUCAGCCACACCCAUGCUGAAGAGGUCAUGAAAGGGGUGCAAAAAGAACACCCUAGGGCUACUCGAUUACCCAUUUUAAGUUCUUCGACCAGUGACUAUGACUGAGAUCUACAUGGAUGUACAUAAGGUCAGCCACACCCAUGCUGAAGAGGUCAUGAAAGGGGUGCAAAAAGAGCACCCUAGGGCUACCUGAUUACCCAUCUAAACUUCUACCAGAGGUUAUGACUAAUGCUAUGGUCACAAAUACCUUUACGAACACCAAACAAAAUUUUUUAUUCAUGGUGUAAAAUCGUUCGUACAGUGUUCGUAUAGGUGUCCGUGACCGUGGUAUAUUAUCUAAAUUAUGCAACAGAGCCUUGGUAGAGUGUUUCAUGAAGCAUCUUGCCAGUGGUUUUUCACUGACUAAUUUGUUCUGAGCCAAUCAGAUGCAUGGAUUUCAGUAGCUUAUAACAAGAGUCAGUGAAAUUCAUUGACUAUUUGUUUCAUGAAAUGCUCCCCAGGAGUAUGAAGUGCCAAAAUGUGAACCAAAUGGGUUCUUUGUAUUUGUGUGACUAAAAACUUCCAUAUUUCAAUUAUUUUUGUAACCUUAUGAUUAGCUUUAGGAAAGAUUCCUUGCAUUUUGUCUGAUUUAGCCUGAGCCUGGAAAUACUUGAACAUUUUUAUUAGUGCACAGGCUUAUAACUACAUGUAUAAUUUAAUUAUACAUGUAGAGUUAAGUAUGGUUCUAAUAGGUUGUAUUUUUUUAAAAAGUUGUUUGGUCUUUCAUUCAGGCAUUCUUUGUCUGUUUAGAUGUAUAAUGUGAAAUUAGCCCGAGUCUGGCCACACUUGAAAUAUUUUGAUUUGUGCAAAAGCUUAUAAGUUUAUUAUGCAUACAUAAGUAUGGAUCUUAAAGUUUAUAUAUUUUUUUGAAAGUUGUUUUGCCUUUACUUCAGGCAUUCUUUGUCUCUUUAGAUUUAUCAUGUGGAAAUGUGUGGUGUUUGGACCAAACUGAUCAUUAGUGUUUGGAAAGAAAAGGUAUUAUAAUAAUCAGUCCAACAUAUAUAUUUCAUUAUUACUAUUUUUUUUCGUUACUACACCAGAUGGGAGGAAUUCAUUGUUACUAAAUAUUGCUCAUUUUUAGUUCCACUUGGUACAUUUUCUGUUUAGCAUUACUUAUCAGAUCAGUAUGUUAUUCCCCAGAGACUCUAAAUAUACAUAUUAAAAGAUUGAUAUUUGUGAAUGCUUUGGAAUAUAUAGAUUGAUUUUGUCUGGAUCAGUGAUCAAUGUUUACAUAUUUUUUUCUGAAGUAUUGGGUAAUUCUUUAAAAAUUUCUAAUUCUGAAAUUAAAUUAUAUUAAAUCAAAAAGGGCUUAUACAGAGGUAAGCAUGGUAACAAAAAUAUUGACAAUUCCUGAAUUGUAUAAAAUAUCAUGACAAAUUGGAGUAUAGUUUUUCAGAAAACAUACAAAAUAUGUGACCGAAUAAUAUGGAAUAAGAGAUGCAUAUUACAAGAUGGAAAAUCAUUUUAUGAGCCAAAGAUAAAAAACAAAGGGUUUGUUAGAGUGUUGCAUACGUUGGAUGACUAUGGCAGACCAUUAAGAUGGAAAGAUGCAAAAAAUAAGGGCUUAACUUUGUUGAAUACUUUUUGCUUCUUGACUGUUUCGAGUUUAUGCCAUCAAAAUGGAAAUCAUUCUUCUAUCACAAAACUUUCAUUCACAUUGUGGAUAACAUUCCAUGGAUCUCAACUUUAACUAUUGAUGGCAUCACUAGAGAAGUAAUAGAUGUACCAAAGUAUAGGCCUAUAUUUCACACAUUUUUUAUGAAGGAAAACAAUCCACCAAUUUCAUAUGAUUAAAUGACACUUAUGGUUUUCAACAAGAAGAAAUUAGAGAGUUUUUAACACCAACUCUACGUAUUACUAUAAAUAUGAGACUUUGAGCUCUGCAAUAUAAGAUUCUUAAUAAUUUGAUUCCUACCAAGGUUUGGCUAUUCUGUAUUCACAAGUUAAUGGAUACACUUUUUGCAUUUUGCAGAGUUUUACCUGAAACUCUUUUUUUCUUGCCAUGUCCAAUCAAUUUUUGAAUAAUGUUGAUUCACUUUUUGCUUCACUAGAUCUUCCUCAUUUCCUCUCUGAAAGAUAUGUUCUCUUUGGUAUCUGUAAGCCCCAAAUCCCCAGAAUUUUUUUCAUUUUGAACUUUUUGCUCCUGUCAGGUAAACAAUAUAUAUUUUUAGAUGUUGAUGCGAUGAAACAAAACCUCCUCUCCCCCACUUUUGUAACUUUCUUUUAUCACUUGAAACUGUUGAACAUACCAUAGCACAAAGGAAAUGCAACUUAGAAAUGCAUGUUGGCAAGUGGGCCAUCAUUUUGAAUACCAUAAAGAAGUGAUAAAAGCAGAAGGCUGUUUUGUUACGUUAUUUUUUUCAUAGGCCAAGCGCCUGAUCAUUUUGGGUUUUGUUGUAAACAAACAGAUGACUUCUUAUGUUAUUCUAUUUUGUAUGUUAGACAUGUUAUGCCAACAUCAUUUGAAUCUUACUAUGUGAUCCGUUAUAUCAUGGAUGUUUUAUUAUGUUUACUCUGGAUGAAAAAGGUCAAUAAAAUUACAAAAAAAAAUUAAUUAAAAUAUCUUGCCAUGGAAUUAAGUAAUUUCAGCACAUAUUUGAAAAAGUACUUGUAAGUACUUCAUGUACAUAAUCAUAAACAAAUUUUGUGAACAUAGAAUGUUUGUGUUUGUAAAUCUUUGAGAAGAAAUCAAACAAUAAAUUUCUGGAAUAGGAUUUUUACCUCAGUACUAUGAAGUUAAGAGAGGCACUCCUAUUG